AUGGAAGCUAAGAACCAGACAGGCAUAUCACAGUUUCUGCUCAUGGAAUUCUCAUCUGAUCCUGAAUUACAGCCCUUUCUCUUUUGGCUAUUCCUGUCUAUGUAUCUAGUCACAGUCCUUGGGAACCUUCUCAUAAUUGUGGCCACAAGCAUGGAUUCUCACCUCCAUAUGCCCAUGUACUUCUUCUUGUGCAACCUGUCCUUCGUUGACAUCUGUUUCACUUCUACCACAGUACUAAAGAUGCUGGUGAACACCCAGACACAGGACAAAGGCAUCUCCUACAUAGAAUGCUUUACUCAGAUGUAUUUUUUUAUUACAUUCCUUGGAAUGGAUAAUUUCCUAUUGACUGUGAUGGCUUAUGAACAUUUUGUGGCUAUCUGUAAUCCCCUAAACUACCAAGUUGUUAUGAAUUCCUGGUUCUGUGUCUUCCUGGUCCUGAUAUCUUGGAGCAUCAUGUGCUCAGUCUCCAUCAUUCAUAUUCUACUGAUGAUGCUAUUAACCUUUUCUAGAGGAACUGAGAUCCCACAUUUCUUCUGUGAAAUAAGUCUGCUGAUAAAUGUGGCCAGUUCUCAUACCCUCAUCAAUAACAACUUUGUAUAUCUGACAACUGCUUUGCUAGGUGCAAUUCCUGCCAUUGGGAUCCUCUUUUCUUACUCUCAGAUUCUAUACACCUUACUGAGGAUGUCAUCCCUUGAAAGCAAGUAUAAAGCAUUUUCAACCUGUGGGACUCAUCUCAGUGUGGUCUCUUUGUUCUAUGGAACAGGACUUGGGGUUUACCUCAGUUCUGCUGUGGCCCAUUCUCCCAAAAGAAGCAUGAUCACCUCAGUUAUGUACACCAUGUUAACCCCAUGCUGA